AUAGUAAUAGUAGCAACACUAGUAGCAAUACUAGUAGCAAUACUAGUGGUACUCUCAUUACUCCUACCAGUCGUCAGAGCCCCUCUUCAAUUUAUUAUCCUCAAGUAAAGACAACAACCCCUAAUUUUUGGUAUCCAAGAACGGAAUCACAAACCUCUGAGCAACGAAUGAAACCUUUAAAACGUGGCUUGAGUAAGAAACUGCGAGAGUUACUUCAACCUCAACGAACUUUGAUUGAAGAAGGAGGUGCUUCAAAAGAAUAUUAUAUGAAAGCAUGUCAAAAAAGUUUAAAGCGAUGUCAAUCACCUAUUAUAGAUGAAGAAGAUAAAAGUCCUUUUCAAGUUUUGCUUUAUGCAAAGAAUGUAGUAGCGGAGAAAAGGCCAUCAGGAGCUUUUCACGAAACAGAUUUUAGUCAAGUAGAUAGCUAUGCAUCGACAGUUCAACAACGAGGACCCCUAAUGACUCCAAGCAUUUUAUCACAGAAAUUUCUUGCAAGACCCUAUCGAAGGGAUUUAUAUCGAUUAAGAGCCAUCUUUAUAUGGCUUAUUCAAAAUAUUCGACCUGAAUAUGAUCAGCGAAGAAGGGGAGAAGAGCGCCAUUUAGUUUUAAAGCAAAGACAACCACCAUUAGGCAUGACAGCUCAUCAAAAGACUCGAGGAGUAUAUCGAAUGAUAACUCAUCCUCCUAUUAAAGAAAAUCUAUUCGUGUCACCUUCAGAUUUGAAUACCCUUACUGAAGAACCACCCAGUCGAUUAGAUACGAUGGAUUCCCUUGAGCAAGAGGCCCUGUUAACAUCUUCUAUAUCAUUUGAGGAAAAUAGAAUAAAGGAGACAGCAAAGGAAGUAUUGGAAAAACGAAGUUGUAAGACUGCAUUAGGGAUGGCGAAUUUAUUUAUUGAAAUGGUAAAAGCUGCUGGCUUUGAAGAUGCAUAUAUAAUCUAUGGUUAUUUAAAAGCUCCAAAAGAUUCUGUAACGUCUGAAAACAAAAAAUUAAAUCAUGUUUGGUGUUUGGUUAAAAUUGAAGGAGAAUAUCGAAUGAUAGAUUGUUGGUUAGCAUCUCCAUUCCACCCACAAAACGAAAAUAAGAUGGAGUCCCAUUGGUUUUUAACAAGACCUAUUGAUAUGAUCAUGACUCAUUUACCUAUGCAUCAAAAGGAUCAAUAUCUAAACCCGCCUUUGUCAACUAGCGAAUUCUUUGAAUUACCGUAUGUUCGUCAUCCCUUCUUUUGGUAUCAAAUGCAAGUUAUCGAAUCCUGUACGGAUCUUCGAGAUAAAGGAAAUGGUGUGUUCUAUGUGUCUCUAAAGCUUGCACAGUUAACCAUUCAAUGUUAUGCUGAAGUUGAGGCCGAUGAUGGAACAAUUGUACGAGGACUAGCACAAUGUUACAUGACGGAAAAGAAUGACAGGUUCUGUAAGAUUAAAGCUGUCUUACCACCUCAUCAAUCAUCAGGAUGGCUAAAGGUCUAUGCUGGACCUAGAAACCAAAUCAAUCCCUCACAUCAAGAGACAAUCCAUCAACAUUCUCUUGCUCUUUGUAUACGUAUUCAUGGUCGUCUAACCUCAUCAGACAUGUUUGAAUUGGUUCAAUUGCAUACAGAUCCAAAUGAAUUUUAUAUCCAGGAACCACAAUGUUACUAUCUGUACCCCUUGCAGACUUAUCAUUUCUGUAUACGUGCUAAUGAGAGUAGAGUAGACAAUCAUCAUCAAUAUCAUCGAAUUACGCACCAUAAGUUGGCCAUCAAAAGUCCUGGUGGGAAACUUGUGAAACUCAUGUAUUACCCUCAAGAUCAAGUCUAUAAUGGUACAGUAACAAUUAGUGAGGCUGGUGAAUGGUCAUUGAUUUGUUUGCAACAUCAUACAGGUGGAUCUUAUACUAUUGCCACAUGGGCAUGUAAAAUAAUGAAGAAAAAUAUAGGAUACAAUGUAAAUAUAGAAUAAACGUAUACUGCUGUUAUAUUCCCUUUUUUUGAGUGAUCUAUGAUAACCUGCAUACACACACAUACACACACACACACACACAAAAGAAAAGAAACCUUCCUCCUCGUGUAAUGAUUAGCGUCUCAUAGCAAAUAGUUUUAACUUGUACUGUAUUUUCGCUGUCAAUUGGAUACUAUUAAC